ACCUGAACUAGUGCGAGAGGAGGGCGCGCGCGCGCGGAGUGCACUUUUCCUCCGCCGCUGUGUCGCUCGCGCUCCCCGUAACGUUUUCGGACUCGUAAUAAUGGGUCACUUUCCCCCCUCUUCCGUAGUUUUUCUUUCACCUUUAUGUUUUUUUCCCCUUCAUUCAGUGUCCUGUGUGCUUUAAAAGGCCUGCGCCAUUUUGACUGCGAGCGCGUGCCCGUUCGUUUCACACUUUUGAUGCGCGUGUCACUUUUUCGUUUCCAAAAUAAUCUACUUUCUGUUUUGACUUAGCAACGCCCAUCGGUGCACAAGCAGGGCUUCAUUUCAGCCAUUUCUGCGUGUGUUUUCCUGUCAACAGCGGGUGACAAGUGAACAAUGACACUUACUGCGGUAAUAACAGGAGGAGGAAUUCACCAAGGCUCUCUGAGGAAGAAGAAUGUAAUUGCCAUGGAAGCUGGGCAGCUGAGUCCCUGAUAGACGGUCGCGGGUGAGACAGCCCAACGGUACUGCUGGAGAUGCAGGUAGAAGAGAGGAGGAGAAGGCGGCUUUGUCAGAAUCCCAAAGGCACGUUGGAUGAAUACUGUCUACGAGAGCGCCACAGAGAGGACGAGGCCAGGAUGAAGAGCAAGGUGUCGGGUUCCAGCGGUGAGGUCCUUUCAGCAACCAACAAGAAGAAGAUGUGGUCAUGGGAUCAGUACCUUGAGGAGGAGAGGGUGACCGCUACUCCGGCGAGGCUCUUCACAGAGCAACAGUCCUUUCCCGAAAACCGAAAUGGCUUCAAAGUGGGGAUGCGUCUAGAAGGCAUCGACCCCCAUCACCCUUCCAUGUUCUGCGUGCUGUCUGUGGCAGAGGUUAUUGGCUAUCGGCUGCGGCUCCACUUUGACGGGUACCCGGAGUGCUACGACUUCUGGGUGAACGCAGACAGCCCAGACAUAAGGCCCGCUGGCUGGUGCGAAAUGACUGGACGCAGACUUCAUCCACCGAAAGGUUAUAAAGAAGAAGAAUUCUGCUGGGAAAGGUACCAAAAGGACUGCGACGUUCAGGUUGCACCGAAGACUGUAUUCAAAACCCAGAAUAUUGAGACCAUCUCCAGCUUUCAAGUGGGUAUGAAGCUGGAGGCUGUGGACAGGAAGAACCCCUGCCUGGUGUGUGUGGCAUCCGUGGCGGACGUCAUUGACAAUCGCUUCUUGGUUCACUUUGACAACUGGGAUGACACAUAUGACUACUGGUGUGACGCCAGCAGUCCACACAUCCACCCGGUGGGCUGGUGCCAGGAGCACGGCAAACCCCUCACAGCACCUCAGGGACAUCCCAGCCCAGAGCAUUUCCUUUGGGAGGACUAUUUGGAAGACACUGGCACCUCUGCAGUCCCAAGUCAAGGUUUUUGCUUGAGAGCUCCACACAGGUUCCAGGUGAACAUGAAGCUGGAGGCGGUGGACAGGAGGAACCCCAUGCUCAUACGAGUGGCUACCAUUGUGGACGUGGAGGACUACAGGGUGAAGGUGCACUUUGACGGCUGGCAUCACAAGUUCGAUUUCUGGGUGGACUCGGACCACCCAGACCUGCACCCUGCUGGGUGGUGUGCCCGGACGGGCCACCCGCUGGAGGCUCCCCCACGACCUUCUGACCUCAAGCCCUCAUCAAAUCAGGGAGUGUGUCCAACCCCAGGGUGUAGGGGAGUGGGCCACAUCAAAGGGGCGCGGUACACAGGACACCACAGUGCCUUUGGCUGUCCUUACUCGGAAAUCAACAUGAGGAAAGAGGUGAUCCUGCCAGACCGCUUGGGAGGCGAGAAGCACACUGCCACCGUACCUGCACAGGUGGGGACAGGGCAGAAGAGCAAAGAGCCCAGUGGUGUGGACAUGGAGGAGAAUCCAGGAGACCGCCGUAUGGAGACAAGGGCCAUGCUUUCCUGUUACGAGGGGGCGGGCCGUCUGCGGGGGCGCUACGCGUCCAUCCUCCGGCCCCCCACGCACACCCAGGUGAAGAAGGAGCAGGUGGAGGAGGCUGCUGCUCAGGGACAGAAAGUGCUCCCUCCACCCACAAAGAAGGCCAAGCUGCAGAGCAGGCUUGCCCAUUCCACGAAGCAUCUGAAAAUCAAAGAAGAGGAGGAGGAUAUCGAUGUGCACACUUUGUUCAAAGAGUGCAGUGUGGAGAGCAUGCAGCAGGCCCUGCACCAGUCAGUCUUCCUGUCAGCCACGACAGCCCACCCUGGACAUGAACUGCCUCUCUGCUGGGAGCAGCACUGCAAGCUGCUGCCAGGGGUGGCAGGGGUGCAGGCCAGUCGUGUGGCACACUGGACCGUGGAGGAGGUGGCCACCUUCAUCCACUCGCUCCCAGGAUGUGAGGAACAAGCCAAGCAGUUCAAAGAGGAGCAAAUAGACGGGAAGGCCUUUUUGCUCCUGACGCAGCGUGAUAUAGUGAAAAUAAUGAGCGUGAAACUGGGGCCGGCCCUCAAGAUCUACAACUCUAUCCUGAUGUUUAAGAAUGCGGAGGAAGCCAAGUCUGGAGGCAGAGACUGCAGCACAUGAGGCAAAGCCGUGAACUCAGGUCCAGAAGCCAAUGGUGUUUGUCCAUAGAGCACCUGGACAAAGAGACUGAACCCCACCUGCCCCCCCCGCCACUGCUCCAAACACCUGGGCGGUGCACAAGUGCAUCGUGAGCAGGCCCAGCUGUUUGCUUGGGUCUGCCUUGCAAGCCAUGUAAAGGAACAGUUUGUUACAUGUAUUCCCCGUUCCUACUCCAUUGACCUUUUUAUAUGCUCACACAACUACGGAAGCGACAAUCACCAAACACAAGGCAUUUUUCCCAUGUUGGUUUGGAUAUUAUUCUGCUUAGUCAUCAAGGUGCUAUCUGUAACUAAUAAUACAAGAGGUAAAAAAAAAAAAAAAUAAAUAAAAAAAUCAUACUUCUAUUACCUUCUGAUAGCUUGGAUGUGCAAGACAGUCUACUGAAUUUGAAAUU